ACUCUUUGCUGAUAACUAACCUGUGCAACUAACUGAGCUAGAUAGAUUCGAAAUAAAAAUCCUUUACCUGCUUAGUUUAAUUUGAUUCAAUCGUUUUCCACUUUGUCGGAUUAGCCGGCCUGUGUGUGGUAUCCGUGGAGAAGAAAUGGUUAAAACGUUGUCGCCAUAUUAAGAAAUCAAGAUGUCUAAAAUUUUUACACCCACCAAUCAAAUAAGAUUGACAAAUGUCGCUAUAGUAAGAUUGAAGAAGGGAGGCAAAAGAUUUGAAAUAGCUUGUUAUAGAAACAAAGUAGUCUCAUGGAGGAAUAAAUUAGAAAAGGAUAUUGAUGAAGUAUUACAAACACACACAGUUUUUACUAAUGUUUCUAAAGGUCAAGUAGCAAAAAAGGAAGAUUUAGUAAAAGUAUUUGGCAAAGAUGAUCAAACAGAAAUAUGUAAAGAGAUUUUGGAUAAGGGGGAAUUACAAGUGUCUGACAAAGAAAGACAAUCACAAAUUGAAUCUUUAUUUAAAGAUAUAGCAACCACUGUAGCUGAUAAAUGUGUAAAUCCGGAAACUAAAAGGCCAUAUCCUGUUUCUAUUAUUGAGAAAGCUAUGAAAGACAUACAUUUUUCUGUGAAUGUUAAUAGAAACGCUAAACAACAAGCUCUAGACGUCAUUCAGUUGUUAAAAAAAGAAAUUCCAUUGGAAAGAGCACAAAUGAGGAUUAGGAUAAUUUUGACUGGAAAAGAUGCAAGAAAAACCAAAGAAAAAGUUGUCAAAUUUGCUAUGAGUGUUGAAGAAGAAAAUUGGGAUUCAGGCACAGCUAAUAUAAUAUGUUUGAUUGACCCUGGUAACUUCAGAAACUUAGAUGAAAUCAUCAGAACAGAAACUAAAGGAAGUGGUCAACUUGAAUUACUUAAUUUGAAAGAGAUGAUUGAAGGCGAUCAAGCAUUGUAAAAAUAAUAAAGUUAUUGGUAAUUGC